AAGAAAGUGGGUAUUGUAAUGUUGUGGCAGUGAUUGUAGUAGUAGUAUAUGCAAAGAAAGCCUAAAUGAUGAAAAGGUUGCAAAGGCAACAUUGAAGGCAACAAAAGCAACACAGAUUCAGCAAGGAAUUGCUUCUCCUCCAAGCCAGCUAUAUCCAGUUUUCCGCCAUUAAAACGUUCACACGAUUUCUCACGAGAAAACCAUCCAGCUCUAAAAAGCAACCCUCCCAUUUUCCUAUAAAAACCCAUCGCCACCGCUUUUUUCUCUCUAAGUUCCAAUGGACGACGUCGUAGCUUUCUGCACUUUGCUUUUCGUUUGCUUCCUCCAUUCCGUGAGAGGGAUUUUAGACCCCAACGAUUUCCUCGCUCUGCAAUCCAUUCGGAAAUCCCUUCACGACGUUCCCGGUUCCAAUUUCUUCUCCUCGUGGGACUUCACCGCCGACCCCUGCAACUUCGCCGGCGUUUUCUGCGCCGACGACAAAGUCAUCGCACUCAACCUCGGCGAUCCGAGAGCCGGUUCGCCCGGUCUGACCGGAAAACUAGACCCUUCCAUUUCCAAACUCUCCGCUCUCGCCGACUUCACCGUCGUUCCAGGAAGAAUCUACGGUCCUCUCCCUCAGUCUCUCUCUCAGUUGAAAAACCUCCGCUUCCUCGGCGUCAGCAGGAACUUCAUCUCCGGCGAGAUUCCUGCAGGUCUAGGUCAGCUCCGGAACCUCAGGACAAUCGAUCUCAGCUACAACCAACUCUCCGGAGCAAUUCCUCCGUCCAUCGGAAAAAUGCCGCAGCUAACAAACCUAUUCCUCUGCCACAACCGUCUCUCUGGUUCGGUUCCUUCAUUCGCUUCGGCUUAUUCCCUGACCCAUCUUGAACUCAAACACAACAUUCUCUCCGGUUCGCUCGCACAGGAUUCUCUCCCUGCUUCCCUACAGUACCUCUCUUUAUCAUGGAACCGGUUCACUGGACCGGUCGACGGGCUCUUAACCCGGCUCAACCGGCUUAACUUCCUGGACCUUAGUUUAAACCAGUUCACAGGCCCAAUCCCGGCCCAAAUAUUCACAUUCCCUCUCACAAACCUCCAACUCGAAAGAAACCAGUUCUCCGGUCCAAUCCAACCGUUUAACGAGGUGAUGAUCCAGACCGUUGAUCUCAGCUACAACCGGUUAUCCGGUGAGGUGUCGCCCAUGCUAGCGAACGUGCAGAAUCUGUACCUGAACAACAACGGGUUCACGGGGCAGGUACCGGGCAGCUUCGUGGAGCGGUUGUUAGCGGCGGGCAUUCAGAUACUGUAUUUGCAGCACAAUUUUCUGACCGGAAUCGCGAUAAGCCCGACGGCGGAGAUUCCGGUGAGCAGCACCCUGUGUUUGCAGUAUAACUGCAUGGUGCCGCCGGUUCAGACGGCGUGCCCCUUCAACGCUGGCAGAAGAAAAAUAAGGCCACCUCAGCAGUGUAACCGCUAAAGGCUAAACUGAAGCUUGGUACAGUUCAGUUCCAUUAUACUACAUUCAAUUCACACCACUUUCGCCUUUUAGAACAAAUUCAUAUAUAUUAUAGAUUACAAUAUUUAUCUUUCUUUUUUCACCCCUUUCACUCAUUUUUUUUUAUGGUAUAAAUAAGAGGAUUGUGAAUACUUACUUGCAAGAGCGUAGCGCAGACCGGAGAGGCUAUAGGUUACAAUAAUCCGUGUAAUAUUAAUAAUUAUUAAUUAAUGUAAUAUAUUCGUUUACAAAUAAAAAUUGUUUAUCAUUGUGUAA